CCCCGCACGCCCCUUAACGCGUUUCCAACGACUUCAUUCAUUCGGAAUAUAAUAAAAUCUCUACGAAUUGCGCGUGCGAUGGGGUUUCUAACGUAAAUACGGGACGGAACUUAUUCUCAGGCAGGAGAGCAGGAGAGAACUGCAGAUUUUUUUUCCCCCAGUGGGGGAAAAUCUCCGAACACACACCCAUUCGGGCAAUGCUCGCUUUCCAGUCUGACAGCCUGGCUCUCUGAGGCUCUGACAAUGGCGAAGAAAUCGGCCAACGGGGACCUCUCUCGCUCUCCGUCGCAGGAGAAGAAGAAGCCGAAGGUGGGUUUCGUGGGAGUGGAUGCCAGCGGCGCGGAGACGAGUCGGGACGGCGCGCUGCUGAUCGGGAGCGGAGAGAGCGCGCGCCGGAGCUCCAGCGGUAGGAUGGGGCUUUACAGAGCGCGAGCAGGCUUGGGCGGCGCGCGCGGGACUCACCGACGCAGCGCGGGCUACCGGAGACUGCAGAAUUUCCUCUACAACGCACUGGAAAGACCUCGAGGCUGGGCGUUCGUCUACCACGCUUAUGUUUUCCUGCUGGUGUUCUCCUGCCUUGUCCUGUCUGUGUUUGCUACCAUUAAAGAGUUCAAAAACAGCUCAGAGAAUGCCUUGUACAUUCUGGAAAUUGUGACCAUCGUGGUGUUUGGUGUGGAGUAUAUAGUGCGGCUCUGGGCUGCUGGCUGCUGCUGUCGCUACAGAGGAUGGAGAGGGAGGUUGAAAUUCGCUCGCAAGCCCUUCUGUGUUAUAGACAUCAUGGUGCUGUUUGCCUCUGUGUCUGUGCUGGCUGCUGGCUCACAGGGCAAUGUGUUCGCCACCUCGGCCAUCCGCAGUCUCCGGUUCCUGCAGAUCCUCCGGAUGCUGCGCAUGGACCGUCGGGCAGGCACAUGGAAACUACUGGGAUCUGUGGUCUAUGCGCAUAGCAAGGAGCUCAUCACUGCAUGGUAUAUAGGCUUCCUCUGUCUCAUCCUGGCCUCUUUUCUGGUGUACUCAGUAGAGAAGGAUAAUAAUGCUGAGAUGUUUGAGACCUAUGCUGAUGCUCUCUGGUGGGGGCUGAUCACUUUGACCACUAUUGGUUAUGGGGACAAGUUUCCUGUCACAUGGAAUGGACGCCUGAUCGCCGCAACCUUCAGCUUAAUUGGCGUGGCUUUCUUUGCUCUCCCAGCAGGUAUUCUGGGUUCAGGCUUUGCUCUGAAGGUCCAGGAGCAGCACAGACAGAAGCAUUUUGAGAAACGCCGGAACCCUGCUGCAAGCCUUAUUCAGGCUGCCUGGAGAUUCUAUGCAACAAACCUUUCUCGAACAGACCUGCUGUCAACCUGGGAUUUUUACGAGCAGACAGUAUCUGUUCCAAUGUACAGACUGAUCCCUCCUCUCAAUCAGCUGGACCUCUUGCGCAGUCUGAAGGGCAAGUCUGGAUUCAGGAAGGACUCACAGCCUGAAGCUUCUCCCAGUAGUGAGAUUUCACACAAAGACCCCCUCUGUGGGUGUUGCCCGAGAAGCAAUAGCCGUAAGUCAAGCAUAAAAGAGAAAGCAUUCCCCAGCCCCUCAAAGAGUGCAGGGGGAAAGGAGACCAAAUCACCUGGAGCAGAUGAGGGAGCGGCAGAAAGUCCUAGCAAAGUGCCAAAGAGCUGGAGCUUCACUGAGCGUAAACGCUCCUUUAAGAUGAAAGAGGGUCGGACCUCAGAAGGUCAGAAUUUGCUGAUUGAGAUGCAGGAUGAAGACUUCGGAACGAAGAGUUCUCCAGCAAUUGAGGGGUUGAUCAAAGCGAGUCUUCCUGAGGACUUUGGCGAUGAUAGAACAUAUGAAUUUCUGCAAGAUAUGUCUCCUGCACUGAAAGCCACCAUAAGGGCAAUCUGUAUCAUGCGUUUCCUGGUGUCUAAGAGGAGGUUUAAAGAGAGCUUGAGGCCAUAUGAUGUAAUGGAUGUGAUUGAGCAGUAUUCAGCAGGCCAUCUGGACAUGUUGUCUCGCAUCAAGAACCUGCAGUCCAGGGUGGACCAGAUAGUGGGGAAGGGAGUAUCAUCAGGGGAUAAGGAGAAACCCAAGAGUGAUACUGCUCAGGAAAAUGACCCCAGCAUGAUGGGCCGAUUUCUCAAGAUGGAGAAACAGGUGGGUGCGAUGGACCGCAAACUAGACUUCUUGGUGAAUGUAUACACCACACGCAUGGGUAUUCCACGCUCUGAAACUGAGGCUUUGCUGGGUUUCAAGAUGGCUGAUCCAGCACCACCUUACCACAGCCCAGAAGACAAGAGUGAGAAGGUGCCGGACGAAAAAGAAGAGAAGAGCCCAGAGCCCAGCCCGACUGGGACGCCCGCCAACAGCAUGUGCCGCCCAUCCACAUCCUGGCAUCAGCAGAAUGAGCAGCCGCUCAAUGUACCUCUUUGGAAUAACAGCCGUGGGGCAUCACCGGGCACUGAUGACCCAUCACUUUACCGCAUCCCACCUCCACCAUCACAUGAGAGUGAUGGCCAAAGGCGACACAGACGCACACGGCCUAACGCAGGCGUUGACAGUGACACAUCCCUCUCCAUUCCUUCAGUGGACCAUGAGGAGUUAGACCGCUCAUUCAGUGGCUUCAGCAUCUCACAAGCCAAGGAGGAGGAUUUCCUUCCUCCAGUGAAUCUUGGACUGUUUGGAGGCGGAAGAGGAAUGACCUUCUGUACUCGUAUCAGACCCUACUUGGCUGAAGGGGAAUCGGACACAGACUCAGAUCUUUACACACCUGGUGCUCCCUCACCUCUAUCAUUUACAGGGGAUCUGGCAUUCGGAGACAGGGGCUGGCCAGGUCUGAAGUAGAAGAAAAUGCCUAAGUGAGCCUUCAAAUUGCAACAAGAGCCCAGAUCCUGAGUAGGUAAUAGCAACAGAAACUUAAUCAAAGAACCCAAUGUGGUCAUUAAUGCAUGAGGACUAAAAUAACACAUUUAGAACCCAAUGAACAUGAUCCACUCAAUGGACACUUGUUAUUUGGUAUGGCCAUAUCAUGUUCAUAAUAAUAAUAUUAGUUUGGCACGAGAGUGACUUUAACGAAAAAAAUUGAACAUACUUUGUGGCCUCCCAAAUCAAGACAUCUAUCUCGUUUGCACACUUAAAAAAAAUGUUUUUCAUGUAAGCAGGUAUUGGCAUGAGUUAUUCAUCUCAUGGGUCAUUUGUUUGUACUAAUGUAUUUAUGUAUAGUUAUGGUACCAAUGCUUAUUACCAAGGCAAUAUUAGAAGCACUUUACUUAUUGAUUGUACAUACAUAAUAAUAAUUAAUGAUAGUAUGCCAGCUUUUGCUCUUAGUUUAUUUUUCCUUUUGUUUCUUUUAUAGAUAACAUAAGAGAGUGUAAUGAUGAACAAACAUGGAUGAAUUUCUGUGACAUUUAAUGGGAAUGGACUGAUGCUUUUAUUUAAAAAAAAAAAAAAAAAUUAUCCCAACCAAAGAUACAGAAAGAGAGAGAGCACUUCAGAGCACGAUCUACAUUUACACAUUUUUACUUCUAUCUGCAAUACAUUUAUAAACUUAGCAUGUAUUUUAUUUUUAUUAAUACAUUUACAGGAGUUUUUACAGGUAAAAAUGUUUACAUUUUACAUUCAAUUAAAUGGUUAUUAUAAUCAUUAUCUUGAAAAUCCAUAAGCAUCACCAUUCCUUUGGAAAUUCCAAUCUGGUUAAUAUCUCAUCAAAGGUUAAUCAUCAUAUAAUUAAGCUUGUUAUAUGUAUUGUUAUAAAUACAUUUUUUUUAAACCUGUAAGAAAUAGUGGUUAACAAGCAUAGACUUUUGAUUGGCAGCUUUUAAUCUACAACAACAUUCCACAUUCUUAAGCAAAAGCAUCAUUAGUAGCUUAAUCAUACAUGUAAAUCUUUAAAGAAGACAAAGCUUUCAGACAUAAGGAGAGUUCAAGUGAAAUUGCAGUAUAGCAUUAUGAAAAGUAUUACAGUUUCAAUCCACAUGCAAUGAAUUUUGGUUCCCUAGUAAUGGCACGACAAAUGAUGCACUAUGGUUUAUUAAAGAGCCCUCAAAAUAUUUCAGUCCCAGAAUAAGUGAUUACACUAACUGCAUGG